CUUGAAUUAGAAUCGUCCAAAAUGAAGAUUUCUAUGAAAGGAGGUGCUUGGAAGAACACCGAAGAUGAGAUUCUCAAGGCUGCCGUCAUGAAAUAUGGAAAGACGGAGUGGGCCCGAGUCGCAUCUUUGCUUCCUCGUAAGUCAGCAAAACAUUGUAAAGCUCGUUGGGAAGAGUGGCUCGACCCGCGAAUUAAAAAGACGGAGUGGACUCGAGAAGAGGACGAAAAGCUAAUGCAUUUGGCAAAGGUACUGUCGGGUCAAUGGCGAACGAUCUCGUCCAUGAUGGAUCGUACUGCCUUCCAGUGCUACGAGCGCUACGAGAAAUUGCUGGACAUGGCUUCUCGAGAGGAAGGAGAGGAAGGCCUGGACGAGGACGACGACCCACGUCAGCUCCGUUCGGGAGAAAUCGAUCCGCACCCAGAAAGUCGUCCGGCGCGUCCUGACCCGAUCGACAUGGAUCAAGACGAGAAGGACAUGCUGCAGGAAGCCCGAGCGCGUCUAGCGAACACCAAAGGCAAGAAGGCCAAGCGCAAGCUGCGCGAGAAAGAAAUGGAACUGUCUCGGCGUCUGAGCAACAUUCAAAAACGCCGCGAAUUGAAGGCUGCCGGCAUUGAAUUCAAGCGAAAACGCCUGCAGCACGACGGCGAAAUCGACUGGAACAUGGAGGUGCCCUUCGCGAAGCAGAUCCCCGCGGGUUACUACGACGUCUCGAACGAGAUCCGCGACACGUCGAUCAACAAGCACUUCACCUCCGAGCAGAUCAACACGAUCGAGCACAACGACCGCCAGGCGCACGAGAACAAGCUCCGCAAGGCCGACGUGCGCCGGUUCAAUCGCCUGGCGGAGGAGAAUCUCCCCGAGGCGAUGAUGCAGCUGAACCGUCUGGACAAAGCGAGCCGCGUCACCACGAAGCGCGCCAAGCUUUCGCUGCCCGCGCCCGUCGUCAGCGACGCCGAGAUCGCCGCGAUUGUCGACAGCAAUCUCGCGGUGGAGGCGGAGCAGGCUUCGCGCGACGCUUCCUUCACCAGCAAUCUCCUCACCGCGACGCCGGCGACUCCCGGAACGACGCUCCGCACGCCGCUCGCGCGCGACGUGGUCAUGGAGGAGGCGAAGAACCAGCUCGCGCUGCAGGCCACGCCGACGCCGCUGGAGACGACGGAGCGCAGCGUGCGCGAUCGCAAACUCUACGCGGGAACGGGGUUCGCGGGGAUGACGCCCAUGACGGGCGCGGCAGGUGAGGAGAACGAGAAGGCGAUGAAGCAAAGCGACGCCCGUGACGCCCAGCGCGAUGGGCACGCCGGCAACUCCCGGGACGCCGGGUCUGCUGCUGAGCAGCGCGAAGGGAGCGAGGAAAGUGGACCGAUCGGCGGUGCGGAGACAGCUCGCGACGCUGCCCGAGGCGCAGAAGAAGACGACGACAAGGAGGGCGAGGAAACGAGGAAACGGAGAAACGAUGAAGAGAUGGACGCGGAGGAGAUCGAGCGGCAGAUUCGAGAGGAGGAGGAGGCGUUGGAGCGCGAGGAACUGGCGCGGCGCAGCGAGGUGAUGAAGCGAUCGCUGCCGCGCGGUGCAGCGAUUCCGUCGCGUUUCUUCGAGUCGUGCGACGCGGUAGAGACGCUGCUGAAGCAGGAAAUCAACGCGAUCGUGCGGUACGAGGACUUCAAAUACCCCACGGAGGAGAGCCACUCGAAAUACACGCGCGAAAUCACGCUGCCGACGCUCUCGCACGAGGAUCAGAUCACGGCGGAGAUGCUGAUUCUCGAGGAAGUGGGCGAUCUGCAGCAUUCGCAGCCGCCCUACUCGGCAGCCCAGCUCGAAACGAUCUAUUCGGAUGUGUGGAGCGCGGCGGAACGCGAUUUGGCGUUCGAUCCGGAGACGCGGAGCGUCGUGGCGCUGUCGACACUGAGCGAACCCGAUCGAAUUCGAUGUCUUCGCCAUCGAUUCAGCGGUCUGCAGAAGCUGGUGGCGAAGCAGACGAAGGCGGUGGCGAAGAGCGAGGCGAAGCUGAAUGUGGUUUUAGGAGGGUAUCAAGCGAGACAGAAAGCGUUGGUGGAGAAGAUUAACGGAUUGAAUCGCGAGCUGGACUUGGGUCGGAUUAAUUUCUUGUGCUUUUCGAAGCUGGCGGCAGGAGAGGAGACGAGCUUGGCGAUGCGGAUGAAGAGUGUGAAGGAAAGUGUGAAGAGGGAGAAGGCUAGACAUGCGUUGUUACAGAAACGAUACAAGGAGUUGUUGAGAAAAACUCAGGAAUUGUGGUUUGUUUGUUUGCAGAAUAGAGUAGAGUAA